UUCUUUCCCAAAACUCAAAAGCUGCUUCAGUUUUCCCUCGACGCAGCUCGCAGUCUCUCUCUCUCUCUCUCUCUCCCUCCAUGGCUUCAGCUGGCGCUUCUCAUCUCUCGCCGGCAAUGGCGUCCCUGCCCUCGCCCCUCCUCCCUCGCGCUCUCUUCAGCAGACCCAUCUCGCUCCUCCCCUUCCGCCGCUCCACAAAAUGCGUUUCUCAUCAAUCCGCCUCGUUCUCGGCAAGCACCUUCACUUGGGACGACUUCCUGCAAGCCUCCCGUCCCCAGUACUCCGACGACGACGACUCCUCCGACCUCGCCGGAUUCGUCGAGAAGAUCAGGCUCUGCAACCGUGGCUCGGAGAUGCUGUCUGAUUUCUUGCCGUUCGUCGUCGAAGAUCAGAUUGUCGGUUAUGUCCAUCAUGGUUUGGCUGAUCAUUUGGGGCGAUUCGACGACGUGUUUACUUUCGAUCGAGACGGUUUUAAUGGUAGCCGUUUUGGUGGACGUGUCAGUUUACAUCCAUCGCUGGAAACACCUGAGGAUAGGACCGAAGCGGUGGCGCACGUAGUGAAAUGCUUAGGCCGAGAACUGAUUCCAGGUAUUAGAAAUGAGCUCUAUCCAGUGAAAUCUUCAUUUGGAGGUUCGAUAAUAUUCUCUCUCGAACGUGCAGCGGCUCCUUAUUUUGGAAUCAAGGCAUAUGGAGUUCACAUGAAUGGCUAUGUUGAAAUGGACGGUCAGGAAUAUCUCUGGAUCGGGAAGAGAAGUCAAGUCAAACCAACAUACCCGGGAAUGCUUGAUCAUCUAGUAGCAGGAGGACUGGUUCGUCCUCAUGAUCUUGCUUGUGGGGAGAAUCUUAUGAAGGAAUGUGAAGAAGAAGCAGGCAUCCCAAGAAUCAUUUCCUGUGGAGCAAUACCAGUUGGUGCUGUUUCCUACAUGGACAUAGAUGGAUAUAGCUACAAGAGAGAUGUCUUGUUCUGUUAUGAUCUUAAACUUCCUGAAGGUUUUAAACCAAAUAAUCAAGAUGGAGAAGUAGAGAGCUUCAAGUUAAUUCCUGUGGCCCAAGUUGCAAAUGUCAUUAGGAGGACCAAGUUUUUCAAGCCUAACUGCGCGCUAGUCAUCACUGAUUUUCUAUUUCGACAUGGGUACAUCAAACCUGAGUAUACUGGAUACUUGGAUUUAUUGCAUAGUCUGAAGAGUGGAGAUUGCUCCUGAGUUCCGGAUUAUAUCACAUUAUUAUUUUUGAACUCUCUUUAUCUUUCUUCUCCAUUUUUUUUUUGUUCCUUUGUCAUUAUUUGGCAACUUUUCGGUCUCAUUGUUAUUGAACUGAGAUUUAGCUUUUCGAAACAAUUUCUCAAUAUUUAAUAUUUUAAUACUACAA